ACGUCAAACGAUCAUUGGUAAAUGAAAAAGAUGGCGGCCAACUCAAAGACCAACGUCGUGAGAAGAGCAACCAAAACAUUGGAUGAAGAAGACUCGGUUGUGUUUGUUUACGACCGCAGAAAAGGCAGCGAGCCAGAGAGGAGAAUCGAUCUAGGAGGGGUGUUCAAUUAUCAGACAUUUAGGGACCGUAUCCGCCAGGAAUUUAACAUUAGCAGCAAUACUCACUUUGUGAUUACAACAACAAACCGCAAGGAAGUAAAUGACGAUGAAUAUGAGGAUCUUGUUGACUCGGGUGAUACGUUGUACAUCCUCAAUCACAUCAGUCAGAACCUGCCAGCCCCAGCCAAGGAAAGAGUGGAAUUCCUGCCUCACUAUGACACGCUGGUCAAGAGUGGAAUAUAUGAAUACUAUGCCAGUGCUGGACAAAACCCGCUGCCAUUCGCCUUGGCUGAGUUGAUUGAUAAUUCCCUGACAGCAACAAGUGACAACCUUGGCCCCAGGUCAAUUGAACUCAGACUGUUUCUGGAUGAGUCGGGUGAUAAAAGCAUGAUUUGUGUCAUCGACAAUGGUAAAGGUAUGACGUCUAGACAGCUGAACAACUGGGCCAUCUACCGUCUCUCAAAGUUCAUCCGUAAAGAGAAGAAACCUAAACAGAAUGAAGAUGACGAGGAUGGCCGACCAAACACACCAACAAACGAGAGUGUUCCUCGAUCGCUGACUAGCGAUAUCUCCUACUUUGGUGUCGGUGGCAAACAAGCAAUAUUCUUCAUUGGUCAGGGAACAAGGAUGAUUACAAAGCCGAAAGAUUCCCGGGACGUGCAUGAAUUGACGAUAUCUAAAGAGGAGUUUGAGAGACGGGAAAAGAAUCGGGAAGCAAUCUACAGUGGCUUCAUCAGCAACAGACCGGUGGGCGAUGCUCGUCACUUGGGCAGUGACGAGCAGAACGUAAAGAACUUGAUAAGCGAGGAAGUUGGCAAGGAGAGUUUUACUCACGUCAUCAUCACGGGGAUCAAUCCUGAUCACAUCCAUUAUCUCAAACACGACUUCAACGGAUGGUGUCGACAAUUAGCGCAUAUCUACCAUUACUACAUUCACGGUCCGCGCGGCAAUGAAGCCUCUGGCUUGGGCAACAAACGGCCCAUGAGCCCCUUCAAGAACAUUGACAUCACCGUGGGGAUCUACGACCGAGGGAAGACACCGCGCCUCAUCAGCCUGCGAGACAUCAUGGAUGAUAUGCAAACAAAGUAUAUCCGCAGUGCAGUAGACUCCUUUGAAUUCCGAGCGGUUGUUGAGGGCACCGGUAUCGUUGAAGGGAUCCUGAGGUAUCAUCCCUUCCUGUAUGACAAGGAGACGUUUCCCAUUGACUCCAUUCCUGGAGCUGAAAGUGACAUGGAUGAUGGAGAAUACUACAAAGAGGACAGACCCGCCAGAGGCAAUCGACCCAUCUUUGAAUGCUACUGGAGCGGUAGACUCAUUCCUUACACUUACGUUGAAAAUUUUGACUGGUGUUCCUCACCUAAGAAGCGCGGUCCCAUCCCCACCGAAUGCUACAAUAGAAUCUCAGGGGUACUGUGGACCAAUGACAAGUUUGAAGUCAGUACCAACAAGUUGACCUUUAUUGACCUGGAGGUCAGACUCCGAGAUAUUAAGAACACAAUCUUUCAGAAGAUCGUUCUUGGCCAGGCCCAGCGAGUCAAGAUCGACCGUCAGUUCCACGAGUGGUUGAGGGAAUGCCAUGAGAACUACGACAAACAGGUGAAAUUCUGCGGCUUUGAGGGGACGAUAUCGCGGCCAGAGCUGACCGUCAAGAGACAGCAGUCACCGUGGGCUGUCUUCAAGGCUAUCGAGUGGGACGGCAAAAUUUUCAAGAGGGGUCAACUGGUGAGGACGUUUCGUACUAUGCCCCACAUCACUGGGACCAUCAAGCGGUUUCUCCUGUAUGGACAUCAUGAGGGGGACGUCUUUGCCACAGGAGGAGAAAUGGAGAUUGCACAGGAGCCAAGAUUGCUGUACAAUGAGGUGAAGAUUGUGCCCCUGUCCAAGCUGGAGCGAUCAGCCAACGACAGAGUCUUGAAGAGGUUCAUCGAGGAGGAGGAGGGAAAGCUUCCUGAGAAGUUGGUAGUGAAUUGGCCUGAGGGUAACCAAGUCAAGCAAGGAGACAGGAUGGCAGCUGGCAGCACAGUAGGUGCCAUCCAAGUCGACAUCAGGAAUCGUAAGGGAGAGUCAAUCUCUCGUCUUCCGGGUUCACAUCUCACCCCCAAGAAGCUGCUUGUAGAACUCAAGGUCAUGCUGCAUACACAUAACGGUGAGGAGGAGUUGGUGUCUCAUCUCAGUCAGUACGUCAAGGCCUGGUCCUACUGGUUCAAAAGAAUGGAGAACAUGAAGAACCUUGGCGAUCACACCAUCAAGAUCCAGGUGGUCCUCAACGAGAGUGGAGUGACAGAGUUUGGUGGCAAACCACUGCCGAGCCACAAGAUCAAAUUCAGCAUCACGGAGGCUCCUCCCAGCAAGUUCAGCGUGGGGUUGCUAGACCCUCCCUUCAGGGUGGGCAUUCCCUUCAACAUCCCUCUAGAGCUGCAAGAUGAGUUCAAUCACUGCACCAAACCAGUCCCUGAUAUGAGGCCGCUCCUAGAAGCAAACGGUCUGCAGCUGAGCUUUGCCGGAGUGCAAGCGAGGGGGACCACCCUCAUAGUCAAGGAUGUGACGGCUACCGGUGACGUCGGUUCCUUCCAAGGGAAGAAUUUUAACUUGAAGGUGACGCUACCUGGCCUGACGUUCCCUACACAGACGAUGAAGAUAAGAUUGGCACCAGGUCCACCUUACUCUCUCACUGUCCCUACCUUUGAUGAGGAGAUCUCCAUUGAGAACGGCCAGGCACUGAAUGUGACUAUCGAGGUCAGAGACAAGGCGGGGAAUAUCACCGUCCACCCCAAGCUACACGUCACCUGUAAGUUCCUUGGUGCUCCAGGAUUACCAACAUACUCCGGAGACUGCAGCUCAGGAAAGACGACUCUGACGGGCAACAUCAUCUUCUUCAAGAAUCUCAAGAAAGGUCAGAGGAUCACGGCCAAAGUCUCGCUCCAAAAUUUCAGUGACGUCUUGCCAGUUGAGAAGGCGAUACAAGUCUUGCCGAAUUCCAAUCCUUUUUACAUCGACAUGUGGUACACGGAGAAAAAAGGGUCCACAAAGCUAAGAGAUCAACAGGAACUGAAAUGGCCAGCUGGAGAACAUAUCGGCGGAAUAUUGUUUGCGUUAUUCGACGAGGGCGGCAGACAGAUCAAGAUCAGUCCUGAGGUUGCCAGUAAGGUCAAGGUGAGCUGGAUGCCGCGUCUCAAUCAGGACAAACUCCAGCAGGGGAUCCUGCCUGACAUCAAGGUGCCUAGCUCAGCCGCAGACUCCAAAUACGUCCAGCUCAGUCUGUCGGACGGAUCGGGAGUGGAGUUUGGAUUCACUAUCAGACCAGAGCCAGGUGAGGUGUCUCAAAUCAGGUGUGUCUGUCAAGGAAGCAGGAAGGCCAGACUGGGAGAAAACCUAGAUGGAGACAUCGUCAUUAACGUCACCGAUUCACAUGGAAACCCAAUCAAGAAGAUGCCCCACGGAGCUCUCAGCCAUCUUGAGGUGACAGGCGAAGGUCUCAAGACGAAGCAACUACAGAAGGUCAUCCUGUCCAAUACUGGCUUCGCUUUACGACAGGUCCGGUUUGAGGGUGGUAACCUCGGCCAGCGAGAGCUGUGCAUCAAGUAUCAUGAGUUCACCGACUACGUCAAGCUGCAAAUGUUGGCUGGACCCGCUACCAAGCUGAUGUUUGUCGACACUUCUCUCUACGAGCCCGUAACAGUUUACAGUGGUUCCAGGCUUGACAAGAACCUGACAGUUCAACUCUGUGACGAUGCUGAUAAUCCUACGACGGAGCCCAACGCCCGCAUGACACUCACCGGCUCCAGCGGUCUGGAAAACGUCAACCUACAGAUGAAAGCAGACAAGGACGGUCGAGCGACGUUUGGUAGACCAAUCAUCGUGGCUGCUACUGGACACCACAAGCUGACCAUUAGGGCCAUCGUUGGCCGGAGCGCGCUGGUCAUCACGGUGGAUGUAUACGUCCAGCCUGAUCCUAACAAGCUGACCAAAGUCCUGGUGGAUUAUGAUAAGACACGGUCGCUUGUGGUUGGAGAUUUCUUUCCAGCAUUUGAUGUGAGGGUAGAAGCGGAAGACGGUAGUGUAUUCAUGAAACUCCCUGCCAAGAACAUUCUCAUGAGACUCUGGAUAGUUGACGCCUCAUCUCAGAACAAACCCUCCCAGCAGGCAGUGUCUUACGUCCCAGACAACAGGCAACAAGAUGAUAAACCUGGACACUUCUAUUUCAGAAAGAGGAAAGCCCCAGAGGUCGCUGGUCAGUACAAUCUGUUCUUCCAGGUGUCGACGGGAAACCAGAACACCAUUGUCAGUGACACGUUGAGCUACAUGAUCAAUCCCGGUCCCCCGGUUAAACUGGUUCCCGACAGCCGUCAAGCGAUGAUGACUGUGUCGAACACUCAGAAAUCGCUGAGUAGAUCGCUGGUACGGACACUCAAACUACAGCUCAAGGACCAGUACGGUAACGCCACAGGAGGCAAUAUCUCAGGGAAGGUGACGGUCAGUCUAUGCGGUGACGGAGGCAAUGAGAUCCCUAUGUUGGUCGGCAACACGUCGUCGGCGGAGUUUAAUAUGAGCAAGGGAACUGUUACGGUCCAGAAUCUAGUCUUACAGGAGAGCACCCCGGGCAAAGACGGUGGGGAGUAUUCCUUGAAGGUUGAGGUUCAGAGUCCUCAGCUCAAACAAACCAACGUGGAACCCUACGUCCAACCAUUCCUCUUCUACAACGACGCCAGGAAGCAAUAUCGGAUGGCUCAGUUAACGAAGGAGAGAGACACGCUGCUACAAACUAUCAACGUCUUCCAAGGUUUCUUCCAGACUACCGAUAAGCUGGUCGCCGAGAUGAAAAUGUCGGUGCAGGAGGCACAGCAGAAUGAGAGCCAAAUCAAGGGGGAACUCAGGAAAACGGCCAUACACUCCAACCAAAUCAACUCGGUGGAAAGUAUUCAGAGGUUAUUGGGUCAGGCUCAGAGGCAACGAGAGACGUUGAUGCAAGCCCCGAGACGGAAAUGUGGCCUGAGUACGUACGUCGACAUGAAUAAUGACCCAGCGAUACUCGGCAAAAUUGGUCAGUUAGCAGAAGUGGAUGACGAUGUGGUAGCUCACGUCCUGUCCUGGCACAUGUAUUCAGACAUGGACUGCCUAGUCGUCAGGACAUCGGAAGCUGCAAUGAAGGUCUACAAAGCCACACACGGACGUCAACAAGUCCUGCCCCUCGACUCCAUCUUCAGGAAAAAUAUCCCCAACUGGAAUAGAGAGCUUCCCCACCUUCGAUACCUCAAGAAUUAUCAACCCACGGGCAAUCCAGUCUUUGCCAGACACCUGCUCAAGUUCCCUGCCAAUGAAGAUAGCUGUAAACUAGUCUUUGGCCAGCUUCUGACAGACCUCAUCAUCCUAGACACCUUAGAGGAUGCAACAGAGUACCGACGAGAGAUCGUCAAGGUCAUACCCUGCCCCACCCUGCUGACGAGAGACGGAAAUCGCAUCAAGAGCAACGGCAAGUUUGGAGGAACUCAGAACCAAUUCCUACCACUGGAGAAGAUGAAAGGGGCAAUAUUUGGAGCGCCGAUACCUAACGGAUGUCAUCAACUUUCAAGACAGAUAGAGUUGCUUGAAAGUCUCCAGCAAGCAAUCCAGAAGCGUGUCGAGGUGGAGCUUGAGCUGAGAACUCAGGAAGAGGAGCAGAACUCGGCAGCCAUGAGGAACAAACGGAGAGAGUGCCAAGAAGCAGCUGAACAACUCGCAUUGGUGGAGAAGAAACUCGGCAUGACCCAGACUUCCCCAGAGGGAGCUGAAGGUCAGGAGAGGUCAGGCCGCCUGACACCUCAGCUCCAUCUCCAUGGCAAGCGUGGCCGCUCCUCCUCAAGAUCCCCUGCAUCAUCCAUCGCAGACGAGAGCUCACCGUCUACGCGAUCACGACGGACUCCCGGCACAGCAGCUACGGUCUCAGUGAAGAGACGGAGAUGAUCUGAGCAGGUUUGUCUCUAAGGGUUCACAGAGCUGCGACGCACAGAAAUAUGCUAAGCAUAGAAAAUAUCCACUUAGCAAUAACAGGUCACCAGCCAAAACGUAUUGUGAUGCGUAUUAAUGGUGGCUGGUCCUCUGCCGAUUCAUGCUUAGCACAUGACUUUCCUUAGCAGUAUUCUCUGCGGCGCAUCUCUGUGGAACUGAGCCUGGGUUUUCAACCAAAAUAAUAACCAGAAAUUUUAGCUUCUGACUUCUUUUUCAAAUUACUGUUGAUAAUAAUGUGCCAGUUAAAAAGCAAUAUUUCUUCGCAACGGAAGAUCUUUAGACUGGUAUAGCAGGGAUAGUUUCUAUGAAAAAAAAAAUAUUGAAAAGUCAAAUUAUUGGACACAACUGCAACAGCGAAUCCUGCGGAAAUAAGGCAUUUUAAAGAUCGGUUCAAAGAAAAAGACACUGGUUCCCACUAGUUUUAAUAAACAGCUCAUGUUGUUUGCCUCCCGAAUACCAGUUGACAAACCAAAAUCCGAUACAGCUGUGUUUGUGUCAUCUUCAAAUGCGCGUUGCUAUUUCAGUCAGAGUCUAACUGCAAGAAACGUAUUCAUAGUUUUAGUCACGAUAACAAAAUGACAAGAUCUGAUAGAACAAGUAAAAACAUUCUGCAAGUUUGUUUUUUCCUGCAAGUUUUUUUUUCCUGCUGGUUUUUGAUCUUGAUGAAAUGUAUAUUUGUGAUCUUCAAAUGACCCAUAGGUCUGAAUUAGUGGUCCAAGUUUGGGAUUCUUUGUUUACCGUUUUUAAUGAUGUAAAUGUUAAAUUUCCGGAGUGUAAAUAGCUUGUUUACAUGUAAACAUGAUAAAUAUUCUCGUCUGAAGCAAUUGUAAAGAUCCUAGGUCGCUUGGUUUUGAGAGAUUUUAAUUGAGAAUCAGCCUGCAGAUUGUUAAAAGUUGAUUGUUGAAGUUUAGAAUUUGCGAAGCGGGUUGAAUUAUUUUGCAAUUUGCUGCAUUUGGUGCCAAUUCUCUUGCACAUUGGACGUUGGUACUUUGACAAUGCUGGUACUUGUUCUUGAUUCUUUGCCUACAAUGAGUUGAUAUCCCAGCUUAGAAUUGCGCCCUCUAUAGCCGAGAGUAGAUCUACUGCCAUGAAUUGAAACUUUCUCAAAAUGAAUUCUGUAAGAUUAAGGUCAUUGAAAUGGAGCCUACUUAAUGAAUCGGCAAAAGAUAAGAAUCAGUAAUUGUGACAUCUCUGUAGGAACCUGCGACAAUAGAUGGCAGUCUAUUGUCAAGAAACAAGCCGAUAAAUUGUCAGCGUCUGAAAAUACCCAAGAUUGGGCCGAAGCUAGGGGGUAACAGUACAACCACUAGAAGCACACUUUCAGGGCAAAUGGGCAAGUUUGACUUUCGGCUGCAAACAAUUUUUGGGGGGUGGGGAGGAGGGUUUUAGAGUUAUGAUUGGGAUCAUUGGGGAUAUAAAAAAAAGAGAUAUUGACAGAUUUUGAUGACUUGAUUUAGUGCCAUACCCCAACGGACACAACUGGAUGAAUGAUUUUGUUUAUAUUCACACCAAUUCUUUAUAUGCGGCAUUCAAUUUUGGUAGAGUACUCAUAUUUUGUAGAUAUGUUCUAUUUAAGUUCCUUUUCUCUUUCAUUGUUUUAAGUUUAGUUUCUUUGUUUUUACACUACGUAGCAUUAACUUUUGAUAGUUUUGUGGUACUUGACAAUAGAUAAUGCAGCACAGUGCUCUCAGUGUUUUUCUUUUAUAUAUAAGCAUUAUUGUCGCGUUGUUUUAACCUGUAGCACUUUUUUUCAGACGAGAACAUGUUUAUUUCUAACCGUCUUUUUCCAAAACUCAUUUUGAAUUCAAUGUUCCUUCAUCAUGUAGUACACAAACCAAAGUUGAAAUUAACUUUAUUAUAAAAAAAAAUCAACAUUCAAUAGGCCACAUUUGUCAGUGCUGUAGACAAGCAGAAUUUCUGCUCAAUUUCCCAGUCCUUUUCUUGAUCUGUCAAAUCUAAUUUUCAAAGUUCCAAGUUAAAAUUUAGGCUUCGGAAAAUCUGCAAAUUUUGAACUUUUACAUUUCUUCGCACACAUUUUAUAAUUCGAAGCAAUAAUGGAUCCUGUUGUAAAUAGUCAUUUAGAGUACGUUGUUUGAUCAGAAAAUACUUCCUGAUUUGGGCAUUAUAUUUGGUUAACAAUUUCUGGCUGUAUAUAGUUUUUGUAUUACUUCAUUUGCUCUGAAAUGAGAGUGGGAAUCGAACCCACAACCAAUGACUUACUAGUCCAGAUGUCUAACCUAUGCAUCACAACGUUAGCUGGUAUUUUGAUCUUGUUUCGAGAUUUCUUCAUUGGGUUUGUAAUAAAACUCCUUCGCCAUUUAUUCCGUUUCUCUCUUAAGAGUUAGUCAAUCCAGCAGCAGCGUUUCAUUUAUAUGGUUUGGUCAUGCAAUGUGUUUAUACUGGCAUGGACAUUGGAAUAAAAGAAUGUACAUGUACAGUGGUUUUUUCUUGACCAGUUAA